CAUCUAAUCUUAGUUCCUUUCUAGCACCGCACAGAGGAAGACGUAAUUUGCGAAGCAAUUGAAAAUCAGUCGACCCCAGGCAACGUGUGUACGAUGUCGCGAGUGACGUGUUAUUCAAGCUACUACUUAGGACUUCCACUGAUUCUGCUGUUGUGGGGUUUUACCAGCGGUGUCCCGUCAAAUUACCCGGUUGUGUCACCUUGUCCCAACCUUUUUUCCUAUCAGCACGACGCAAACCGAUCCGAGUAUUAUGGAUUCAUUAACUUGAAGGCACAGCCGGUCAAAAGCAUGGCUGAGGUGGAAUUGUCGUUCUCGAUCGCAUCCCAGCUGCCAUCGAAAUACGUUGGAUCCAUUGAAACGAUCGGAGACAACCGUCAAUUGAUCGACCAAAUCUCCAGUGGAUAUGGCGUCAGCUAUCGGGUUAACCUUCCGAUCCAGAACCCACUUCCUCGGUUGACGAAACUGACCCUGAAUGGACGCACUUUGUGCAGUGGACCCUCGGAAAAGGGAAACUUCGUAACGGAAGUUAACCUGCGUCAUUUUUUGCGAGCCGAUGCUCAGGCGAGCCAUUACGACAAGAAGAACGGUGUCGUUCGCACCAGUCCACAGGCACGACCAGUUCCACCACCACCACCAUCAUCCCCACUAUCUCCACCAUUACCACCAUCGCUACCAUCCCAGUCAUCAGUAGCGGAUGGAUCGGACCAGUUUAAACUGAUAAAUCACCGGGAGCAGCAGCAUACCGUGGAGCGAACCGAGCAGGACAUUAGUCCUAACAAAAACUCAACCUCGUACAAAUACGUUACUCAGGUCGUAACUUACAACGAGUAUGAAUCGAAACCGUUGUACCAGAAAACGACGCACUACUCUGUCAAUACGACUACCCGGGAGCAAGUUUAACGGAUGGAGAUUUCGUUGAUUAUAAACUCAGAGGAGAAUAAGUGAAAGUAAAUCCAUUGAAAGGAUUAUCAGUUUUGAUAAGAUUGUAUCAAACCCAUUAAAAACUCAUAUUGACAACAUG